CCCGACAUCGUCACAUCUUCAAGAAAGAACACCUCUACAUACACGCCCAAACAACAUACCUUACCUCCACCUCCACCUUCGCAGCCAUGAACACAGACCCCCUAACCGGGCGCCCGCUCCCCUCCAACGCCAUCCAGCGCGUCCUGUACCUCGCCCCAAAAGUCCACAUCUACCAGAUCCCGCCCCUGACCUCCACGAAAGGCUACCAAGCCUCCACCUGGACCGCCGACAACAACAAACGCCAAAUCUUCACCGCGCGCCUCCGCAUCCUCGAGACCUCCAUCCCGCUCCCCCCCACCUCCCCCGCCGACGCCGACGAUGACGAUACUGCGGAGAAAGUCACGACGACGAUCCUCCUAGAGGACGCAAGCACAGGCGACCUCUUCGCCGCCGCGCCGUACACGAGCCCGGGCACCGUGGAGCAAGCGCUCGACUCGAGCCGGUUCUUCGCGGUCACGGUGGUCGGCGAGGGCCGCAAGGCCGUGCUGGGCAUGGGGUUCGAGGAGCGCAGCGAGGCGUUUGAUUUCAGUAUCGCGCUGCAGGAUGCGCGGCGCGUUCUCGGCAUCGAGGGCCCGGGGAACGCUGCAGCGGCCGCGGGGGGAAAGAAGGUGAAGCCGCAGAGCGGUGCGGAGGAGCCGAAGCGCGAUUUCUCGCUCAAGGAGGGCGAGACGAUUAGUAUAAACUUGGGGGGACUGAAGGGGAGGAGGCAGAAGGCGGAGGGUGCGGCGGCCCCGGCGGAUCAGAGGUCGGAGCACGAGGCGCUGUUCAGUAUUGCGCCGCCGCCUGGCUCGGGGGGUGGUGGGGGAGGAGCGGGGUUCUUGCCGCCGCCGCCGAGUGCGAGGAGCGUGAAGGAGGAGAGGAGGAGGAGUAGGCAGACGUUUGAGCAGACGCCUAAGGACCUGGGGUUCGAUGAUGGCGAGUUUGGGGAGUUUCAAUAGAAUGGCUAGGACGGGGACUGUGGAGGGGUGUCUGUGUCAUGGUGAACGUGCAUUGUGUGCAUAUGUGGGGGAGGAGGGAGAGUAUCAAAAGGGAGGCUGUGUGAGCUGUAUUUGUUAAGCAUGGAGUAUUCAUGGCAUUGCAUCAUUGGGAGUUUUAU